AUGAAAGAACCUUCGACAGAAGAGUGGAUGGAAAUUGCAAGAGGAUUCGAAAAAUAUACACAUUUUCCUAAUUGCAUUGGAGCAGUUGAUGGGAAACAUAUUAGAAUUAUAAAACCUUUAGAUUCCGGCUCUAUGUUCUACAAUUAUAAACAUUUUUUUUCGACUGUGCUGCUUGCCGUAUGUGAUGCAAAUUAUUGUUUUAUCUCUAUAGAUGUUGGAACAUGUGGGAAGAGCAAUGAUUCAACGAUUUUUAAAAACUCCACAUUCUUCAAAAAACUCACGGAACAAUCUCUGAACAUUCCGGGACCAAAACCAGUCUCAGAAAUUCGUACAACACGUUUACCUCAUGUUAUAGUUGGAGAUGAGGCAUUUAGCUUAUCAGAACAUAUUAUGCGACCAUAUUGCGGCAAGAAUUUAACCAAAGAAAAACGAAUAUUUAAUUACCGCCUCUCUAGAACAAGACGUUAUAUUGAGUGUUGUUUUGGAAUCCUGGUAAACAAAUGGAGAAUAUUUCACAAACCACUCAAUGUACAUAUUGAAUUUGCGGAAAACAUAAUUAAAGCUUGUUAUGUUCUUCACAAUUACGUCAGGUUAAGAGAUGGAUACAGAUACGAAGACACAUUGUUCGAAACAGCUCUAGACGGUCUGAGUACGACUACAAUUCGACCUGGUGUAAGGUCUCGAAACACGAGGGAUAUAUUCGCUGAUUAUUUCAUGAAGGAAGGUCGACUGCCGUGGCAAGAAAAAAUGAUCUAA